AUGCCUCCCCGAGUGGCAAGAAGCAGUAUAGCCUCCAGCAAACCCACCACCGCGCGCAAGAAGAACCAAAAGCGCACCCUCAACGCCCUCUCCAUCGCCGCAGCCCAGAAUCCCGAGUCCCACAAAGUGCGCCAGCACCGCCUCGGCGAGGCCGAAGAUGAUGCCCCCCGCCGCAAACGGCAGCGUCUCGCUGACGAUGACGAGGGGGAUGAAGAUGGAGAGGUACAAGUCUCCAACCCUCGGAAGAAGGUCGCCAAGGGACGGUUCGACGAACUGGAUAUAGAGUCCGGGAGCGAUAGCGAGGGGAAUAGUUGGAUGAUGGGUCAUGUGGGGGAUGAGGACGAUGAGGAUUUGGAUAGUGAUGAGGCGUUCGGGAGUAGUGACGAGGAGAGGUUUGAGGGGUUUACGUUUCGGGGGAGUAGUGGCUUAAAGCAGAAGAAGAAACCAAGGCGCAAGGUUGAGCUUGCGGAGGACGGGGAGGCGGGGCUUGAUCUGGAUGAGGGGGAAGAUGUGGAUGGGGAAGAGGACGACGACGAGAGCCUGGGCGAAGAUGCGGUAGAUUUGGCCACUGCGCUGGAUCAGUAUGAGGAGUCUGAGGACGAGGAGCCUCAGGCGUCUAAGCGCAAGCGACGACUGGACAAUGAGGGCGAUCACGGCAGCGAUUUUGGCGGGUUCAGCGACGAGGCAGGAGAAGAUGACGAAACAUCAGACUUCUCCAUGUCCGAUGCCGAUGAUGAUGCAGAUGCCAAUCAGCUUUCUAAAUUACAAGACCUCAUCUCCUCUCUCGAUGCCGAAUCAGCCUCAGCAGGUAAGAAACGCCGCGGUGUGGACGUUCACGAGUCCAGCGCGCCCUCAGACUACGGCCUAACAGCCUCCACCAAACUCAAAAUUGAGGACCUCCUCCCCACCGUUACCGACCCUCGGCUCAAGAAGUCCCUCAAGAUCAUCAGCAGCGACAAACCCUCCAAAAGAAGCGGCAUACCCGGGAAACUCGAAGCGCCCCUCCCAAAGCGCCAACAAGACCGUCUCAACCGCACAGCCGCCAACGAGAAGGCAAAAGAGACAUUGGAGCGAUGGGUCGACACAGUGAAGCACAAUCGGCGAGCGGAGCAUCUGCAGUUCCCUAUGAAGGCGCCUCAAGAUGCGGCAGAGCCGCUUGGAACGAACAAGCUACUCCCUACGUCUAGCAGUGCGCCACUCACGGACCUGGAAAGCACAAUCCAGGAUAUCUUGCAGCAAAGUGGUUUAGCGAGCACCAACGGCAGGUCAGACGAAGAUCAGAUCCGCGCGUUCGAGGAGCUGCAGACUAACAAGAUGCCUGUGGAAGAGGUGCUUGCUCGACGGGCUGAGCUUCGGAAAGCGAGGGAUCUGCUCUUUCGCGAAGAGAUACGCGCAAAACGCAUCAAGAAGAUCAAGAGUAAAUCAUACAGGCGAGUGCAUAGGAAAGAGAGGGAACGAGCCGCGCAGCAGGAGAAAGACGCUUUUGCUGCUGCCGGUAUUGAUAACUCGGAAGACGAACGUGAGCGUAACGACCGCCGCAGGGCUGAAGAGCGGAUGGGAGCGAAGCAUCGCGAGAGCAAGUGGGCGAAGGGCAUCAAGCAGACGGGAAGGGCGGCCUGGGACGAUGAUGCGAGAGCGGGUGUCACUGAGAUGGCUAGGCGGAACGAGGAGCUGAGGAGGAGGAUCGAAGGCAAGGACAUCCGAGAUGAAGAGGAUGAUAAAGGAACGGACAUCAGCAGCGAAGAGAGCGAAGACGAUGAGGAGCUUGAUAUCAACGGCGGCGAGGCGAGGCGACUACAACGUCAGCUGCGCAGAGCCGGUGGUAGCGACAGCGCGGACGAGAGCACGACGAAGCUUGGCUCAAUGAAGUUCAUGCAAAGAGCUGAAGCUGCGCGCAAGGCGCAGAACGAUGAAGACAUUGAGCGUAUGCGACGAGAGCUGGCAGGCGAGGAGACGCCGAGCGAUGAAGAAGAGGAGAAGCCAGUCGGUCGUAGGAUCCUUGGACCGACUCCGAAGACGUCUGACACUCCUGUCACCCGCAGUGCAAGGGAUGAGUUCGAGGAGAGAUUUGGCUCCGAAGAUGAAGACGAAGUAGACAUCGUCCUCGGCGAUGACACCCCUGCUGCACCUUCCGCAUACGGCAAAGGCCGCGCUAACGGUCACAAGAUCGAUGCAGCCGCGAAGAAGGUCAGCCUUAGUGGCAGGAAUGGACUACACAAGUCAGCGCCGCAAAAGGAGCUUAUGGAUGACUCCGAGAAUCCAUGGCUAGUAGGGCCCAUCAAGAAAAGCCGCGGUUCAAAAGACCUUGCAAACGGAGAAGGUGCACAGCUGACGCUCGACACUUUGCAAGCUAACGGUGUCUCGACACAAAAAAAGAAGUCCAAGCCAGUUCAAGCAGCACGAGAGACUGAGGCUCCGGCUGACGCCGACGGCUGGACGACAGUAACCUACAAGAACCAAAACGGUACCAAUAGCAAUGACAGUGACGAGUCAGACGGCGAAACUCACAAGCCGUUCGUCCUCCGCAACGACGACCUCGUCGCCAAAGCCUUCGCCGGGGACGCGGUAGUCGCCGACUUCUCGAAAGGAAAGGCCGCCACCGCCAUCGACCAAGACGAGAAGGUCAUCGACAACACCCUCCCCGGCUGGGGCAGCUGGACGGGCGCAGGCAUCAGCAAGCGCGAGAAGGCGCGCGCGAAGAACCGCUUCGUGACGAAACAAGAAGGCGUCAGGGCAGCUGACCGCAAGGACGCGAGGCUAAAGCAUGUCGUCAUCAAUGAGAAACGCGUCAAGAAGAACGCGAAGUAUCUGGCUAGCCAGCUGCCGCAUCCGUUCGAGAGCAGGGAGCAGUAUGAGCGUAGCUUGAGGCUGGCGGUCCUGCCGGAGGUGGUUACGAAGGAGACGCUGCAGGACUUUACGAAGCCUAGGGUGUUAAUCAAGCCGGGGGCUGUGAUUAGGCCGUUGGAGAAGCCGCUGUUGUGA